CACUCCUCUCCUCUUCUUCGCAACCCCAAAACGAAGGAGCCCCCCAGCUCGAAAACGAAGGCGCCAAACCAUUCCCCAAACGCGCCCGCGCCCGCGCCCGCCCGCCCAGCUCCGCCCGCGCCCUCCCAUUCCGCCGCUGCUGGGGUCACUCGCCCCCGCGCCGGCGAAGUCCCUCCCGCGCGGACGCCCCGCCGCCCCGUGGCGCGGCGUCGACGGUCGGUUCCCGGCCUCGCGGAGGCUCCUCCCCGUGUCGAAUCGAGGUAUUUGUCGGCAGGAUCCUAGGCCAAAUGCCUCUCUUUGAUAAGAAACCAUUCUCCUUACUGGAGCCCCCUAAGGACCUGGAUUCAAAGGAGAAGGUGUUCCAAAUUCGAUUCACAAAGGAGAUAUUCCGAGAUUAUGAAGAAUACCUAAAGAGGCUAAACCUUUAUCGCCAGAGAGUUUGGACAUGUAAGAUUUCUGGAAAAUCUAAUUUAACUUUUGAAGAAGCUUUGGUAUCUGAGCAUAAAGCGAUGGAGAAGGCUCAAAAUUUGCCAACUGAGCUAAUGGCUCAUGUUCUUCGGAUGACUCAAUACAGCACUAUUGGUUUACAUGAACUUGUCAAUAAGAUAUAUGCUAGUCUGCUGGAAGAAGUAUUUGAAGGAAUAGAACUACAUGCUAAUAAGGAUGGUGCUGUGGCACCUUGCAAGAUCUUGAAGAUUUUAGAUUCUGGUUGCACAAAGAUGUGUGAAGUUGGUUGGAUUCGACAGGGUAAAGCUGUAACCAACACAUCAGUAAUCAAAGCUGCAGAUCUGUUUUACCGGAGGGCACCUGUUAGCAGGAAUACCCUGAAGAUUUUUAUUAAAGAUGCUACAUCACAAAGUAAUCCAUGGGUUAUCCAUGAGAAUCUCGCCAAAAAAUUUGGCAUAUCCAUGGACCCCCCUGACAGCAUAAUGAAGAAAGGGAGAAAAAGACAAGAGGAUGGAACUAUUGAAGAUGGGAGGAAAAGGCUCAAGACAGAUGAAGAACAGGCAUAUGUAAAGUAUCCAAUAGAUGAUCUGCUAGUAAGGCCCAAUGCAGAUGAUCCGGCUUUAUUUAAGAGACCUCCUCUGGCUACAGAUUUUAGAGUACCAAGAUGUUCUGUGGGAGAUCUCCUUAUGGUAUGGGACUUCUGCUCGUCUUUUGGGAGGGCUCUGAAUCUGUCCCCAUUUCCACUAACAGAUCUGGAAAAUGCAAUUUGCCACAAAGAAAGCAAUGUUCUUCUCGUGGAAAUACAUGUGGCUAUGUUUCACUUGCUUAUGAAGGAUGAAGGUGACUAUUUCACUGUUGUGCAGAACAAGAAACGGAAAUUAAAGCUAAGUUCAGUAACAUGGGACGAGUAUCUAUGUGAUUUCUUGGAAAUGACAAAAAAUGAAGAACUAUCCACUAACAUUGCAACAGUAAAAAGGGUUUAUUAUGGUGUUAUUGACACUGAUAUAAAGCUUAAGAUCCUCCGGGAACUAGUGGAAGAAGCUAUUCAAACCUCUGCCAUAAGGGAGAUACUAAGCGACCGUGUGGACCAGAAACAAGUCCUUAAUGCAACAAAAAGAGAGAACACCAGAAGGGACAAACAAGAGCAAAAUCUUAACACUGAAAUUGCAAUGAAAAAGGAGGAGAAUCAGACAGAUGCUGUGCAAGGUGGCCAUGAGGGUGUAGAUGAGCUGGUUAGGGGAAAAGAAAAUGACAAGAGCAAUAUUUCUCGGAGUAGGACAGAAGGGAAACGACACCUGGUACGACACCUUGAUACCGAGAUCGAUAAAUUAUCCAUCCGUUCCAGCCCUCUUGGUAAAGACAGGCAGUACAAUAGGUACUGGUUUUUCAAGUGUGAAGGAAGGCUUUUUGUUGAAACUGCAGAUUCCAGAGAAUGGGGUUACUACAGCACUAAGGAAGAGCUUGAUGCGCUCAUGGGCUCAUUGAAUGUGAAAGGUAUAAGGGAGAGAGCUUUGAAACGGCAACUAGAGAAGUUCUAUAAUAAGAUAAGUAAUGCCCUAGAGAAACGAUCAAAAGAUAUCGCAAACAAGAUGUUGCUUGAAGAGGGUGUGCUGCGCCGUUCCACACGCGUCCGGGCUAACCCAAAGGACAACCCGUCCAUGGCAUUCCUCAAGUAUGUCAACAAGUGGAAGGAUAACUGAGGUACUCUGAGAUGGUGAUCCGCCAGCACAGUGGGAGGAUAACUGAGCCUUGGGCGUGACCCUCUUAAGUUAUGUAGGCUUUGCUUGGUUAGGUCGUCGCAGUGGGGCUGCCAUACUCAUGGCUGGUUUAUUGACCCCUCAUUAGCUAGUGAAACCUGUAUCAGAACCCACUUUUCUUUUUUCUUUUUCCUUUUGCUUUUCAUGUGUUGGACACCGGUUCACAAAUGAGAACCCUUUGCUCCUUAACUGAACUGUGUCAGGCUUUACAUUUUUUUAGAACAGUUACUAAUCUUUUGCACGAACGAUGUAAACGUGAUGAGGCCGGCGUGGAGAUGCUUCGAUUUGCAACUUGCAAGGGUGGGCCGCGGGCCAAUGUUGCUGUU